GGCAUCAUUUCAAUCAAAACGAAAAGUAUGGCGCCUGGCACGCUGCAACACGUUCGAAAGUUAGGAGCAUGGCACGGCCACUCAGCUGAAGUCCAAUUUUUUCUCUCUCAAGUUCCGUAACGCUGUCCGCGGCACACAGUGUCCCAAUUCCGACAGCCUUCGAGGCGUCGUCGUCAUGUCGGAAGGCCAGAACAAAGCCGCGAAGCGGCUGAUCAAAUGGCGCGACAGCGCCCGACGUCAACUGUCCAGCGCCUCGUGUAGCGACGAUCUCGCCGGCGCUGUGCAAUUCGUUCUCCGCAACGCCGCCAAAACUUUCAAGGCCGCGCUACUUCCGACCUACGACGAGCGGAGAGAACAGUUGUCUCGGGACCUUAGUACCAUCUUGUGCCAGGUUUCGGCUCACCUCCACCUGCGUUCGCGCGAUUUGGUCGCCGACUGCGUCGAUGACAGCGAUGAGCAGAGCAGCUCGAGCCGUUUCGCCUACUGGGACCACCAGUGCGCGCUUCUCUCGUACUUGUUGGACCUAGCGCUCGUUCGCGACGAACCUGCAGCGAUCACCAAGAUCUGCUUCGUCCUGUCGAAGAGCAAGCACCGGUUGUGGGACGUUCUCGUGCAGACUUGGGCGAUCUCCUCGAGCGCGCCUGUUCGUCUCGACCUGCAGCCGCGGCUGCUGGACGUGUUCCGCUGGUUCGCAGCCUACUGCCCACGCACGUGCCCGAGUGCCGAACUGUACUUCAAGUUCGUCGUGUGCGCCGCGUGUCUGGCGAGGCGGUUGCCCGAGCGCGGCUGGGAGACGGUCAAGCCCGUCGUUCUCUCUAUCGAACCCGCGGAGUUCGAUUUCGAAGAAUGGUUCGCCGCGCAGCCUGCUUUGGCCGCGCUUCUGCCUCGGUCCGAGGUGCCGAGAUCUCGUCGAAAAGUGAUCGCGCGUCUCUGCAAGAGCGCGUCGGACCCGGUGGAGCUGUUGGAAGCCUGCCGGACACUGGCAGAGUCCGGCGGUGGUUCGCUGGCAUCAGGACGACGUGCGACGCCGCGGCGGCCGCGGACGCCGACAUGUUCGUCAUCGCGGACGAAGAGGUACAGGCACGGGAGCAGGACACGAAGACACCCGAGGUCGAGGAUGAGCAGCUGCAAGCAAUCCUGGAUUCAACACUGAGCCGUCUGCGGUCGACCAUUGCCACGCCUCAUGCAAGUGACGCCGAGCCUAAUUCUGAGGCUGUCAGCGAUGCCAGCAACUCCCCGCUGAACACGAAGGCUUUCUUGGACAGGCUUCUUCACAGCAGUGUUGCUGAAUCUGGUGCUAGGGACGCAUUCAACAAUGCAGAAGCAGUCAGCGAAGAAGCUCGACCACAGGCAACAAGAGGCUGUUGAGGCCAACAACAGCAAAGCAGGGGAAGUUGUGGCCACACUGGCAGAAGGUGAUAAGCAUACAAGCGUGGCUCAAGAAGCAACAUCGGAAGACGAAGGGGCUAUUUCAAAUUCCGCAGACAGCACACCUGCAGUGUCACCUCCGAGAAAAAAAUUGCGGAGACGAAAAAGAGUUCGCAGAAGGAAGAUUCGUGCCUCAGGCAAGCUACAUGCAAUUGUGGAAGUUAAUGCUAAGCUGGCCACGUCAAAAACUGCAGAAGAGUCUGAUGCUUUUGCAGCCAGUAUGGAUGAUGAAGUUCAUCACGAAACUCCACUUUCUGAAAAGUCCUCACUUCAAGAACACGUGUCGGAACUGUCUUCGGUUUCAGCUGUGCAAGAUUCAGAUGCUACUGCAGUGCUUAUUGACGACCAUUGUGGACUGAAGAGAACAGAGCAAGACAGUGUCAUUGACCUUGAAGAGAAGUCAUGCAAACACCAUGAUACUGAAAUCGAGGAUAAAAUCUCAUUGACGAUGGGCAGAGAAGAGCCUCGAGAUUCAUUGAAUUUGCAAGAUGAGCCAGUCGCGAAAGCUCUGAAAGAAGUUUCACUGCAGAACUACAGGGCUGGCAAGGCAAUAUUGCCCGAAGACACUGAAGAGUUGGGAGCUUCUUCAUGUUCAAAAGUUGAAUUGACAGUAGAGUCACAUUUGCUUCGAAGUCACCAAGCUCGGAAGUCAACAAAGUUUUGCAGGCAAAGGACUAUUGAAUCUUCAACAGAGGAGUCAUGCGGCGAGGAGGAAUUGUCUUCAGUUUCAGCUGCGCAACAUUUGCAUACUGCAGUUACGUUCAAUGAUGGUCGGUGUGGAGCGAAGAGGUUGGAGCAGGACAGUAUCAGUGACCUUGAAGAGAAGUCAAGCGAGCACCAUGACUCCAAAAUGGAUGAUGAGAUGUCGUUGUCGAUAGGCAGAGAGGAGUCUAGAGAUUUUUUGAAUUCACAAGCUGAGCCAGUCGCGAAAGCUCUGGAAGAAGCUUCAUUGCGAAGCCACAGAACUGGCAAGGCAGUUUUGCCCGACAAUAGUGAAGGGCUGAGAGCUUCAUCUUCAGAAGUUGAAUCGACAGUAAAUUCAGAUUUGCUUCGAGGUCACCAAGCUCGGAAGUGGGCAAAGUCUCGCAGGCGCAGGAUCAUUAAAUCUUCUUCAGAGGAGUCGUGCAGUGAGCAGGAACUGUCCUCAGUUUCAGCUGCGCAACAUUUGGGUGCUGCAAGGACCUUUAAUGUUGACUGGUGUGGAGUGAAGAGAACGGAGCAAGACUGCAUCAGGGACCUUGAAGAGAAGUCGCCUAGGCACCAUGACAGCCAAAUUCGACAAUCAGAAGUCAUUGACGAAGGGCAGGAAGGAGCAUGGUGGACACUCUGAGGAUACCACCGAAACAACUUCAAGUUCGUCAGAUGAUGAGGUUGCAGAGAAAAACUGUGGACAAACGUCGCGUGAUGGUGCCACCGAAACUAUUUCAAUUUCGUCAGAUGAUGAGGUUGCAGAGAAAAACGAUGGACAGCUAACGCAGCGGUGAUGUUGUUGAAACUCUUUCGAGUUCGCCAGAUGCUGAGGUGACAGAACAGAGUGGCGGACGGUCACAGCAGUGAUGAUGCUUUUGAAACUCUUUCAAGUUCGAAUUCAGAGUCCUUUCGGGAGGUAUCAUCUUCAAGCUCAGAAUCUGAGUCUUCUGAUGAAGGCUCAUGCAGCCAAGGCGCAUCUGGCAGUUCGAUUGGAAAGAGUAUAGCUGCUUCGUCGCCGGGUAGAAGACCUUCAGACACAGCUUCCACUCAUGGUGGGGAAGCUUGCAACAUACAAGGGCAGAGACAAAGGCCUAGCAAUUCUCUAGAGCCAGAUAUAAGAAGAGUGUCUUCAAAGGGAACACUAAAGUCUUAGCAUCUAGGUAUACCAGAACACCUGAAGCACACUCCGAUUCGCAGCUCAUAUCUCCUGCAAAGCUUGGGAAAAUACAGUGCUCUCUUGCUACGGUUGUUGAGGCUAAAGAUGUCACCCUGAAAACUGUGAAGAAGGCACGUAGGAGCAGAAUUGUCAGUUCCACCGAGUCUUCUGAUGAGGAGUCCAGCAUUGAACGCCCAGUGCUGCAAGAAGCUGUGUCCUCUGAUGAAGAGUGCAGUGUUAAACACUCGGCACAACAUGGAGCCGAGUCUUCUGAUGAACACAGUGUUGAACACUUGACACGGGAAGCUAAGUCUUCCGACCAAGAGCAUGGUGUUGAACACCUGUCAAAACAAGAAGGUUACUCUUCCAAGGAAGAGUGCAGUGUUGUACAUGCAGUGCAACAAGAAGCUGAGUCUUCCGAUGAAGAAUGCAAUGUUGAACACCCUGCUCAGCCGGAAGCGAGACAGCCCACAGUGUUUUCGGAAUUGGCAGAUGAAAUCCCAUGCGGGCAGCGGUCACCUGGUGCUUCGUCACUGCAGGACAUGCACAUUUCGCCUUCAGAAAGUGAGGAAGAUGGUUCGCUUUCUCCAGUGCUUCAGGGCAUUAACCUGGCCGCUGAAUCAGAUGCUGAUACUGUGGCGGUACAAUCGAAUGAUGAAGGAGUUGGCAGGCAACGAGCUCACCGCCUCUCGCAGGCCACAACUAUAUCGGCUUCGUCCCAGAGGCGCUCGCCGUCACCUUUUUCGAAGCUGAGAGAAAGAGUGAUGUCUUUUCAAGAGGAUUCUGACGACGAAAUGGAUACUGUGGCUUUCGGAGGAAAGGGAGCACCUUCAGCCGGCAAACACUCUUUCUUUAAGGUGCCACUCGUGAAGAAUUUGGCCACCCCUUCGACCCAACGGUCUGUUAAAUCGAAACCUCAGGUUGUACGGCACAGCUUGGAUGAGAGGACAACCCCUACCAAAAGCCAAUCUGCCUGCAGAAGAACGCGCUCUCGUGGUUCAGUCUCUUCACAAGGGGAACAGGGAGCACUGCCUGACAAAGAGCAAGAUUCAGAAUCUGACUCUGAUAACGCAGGUGCGGCUACAAAUGAGACAGCCAAUGUACGCUUGAAUAGUGACACUAUGGGAUCAAGGCACAUGUCAACAGAGAAGACUAAAGCUCUCGGUCCAGGCAUGAAGCAGGCAGGCAUUCGUCAAAACCGCUCCAGGGCAUCGUUGCCAAAGAAUAAACCCUCAAAGCUAUCCGAAGGGACCAAAAUCUCAGAAUUGGAGCAAAAUGGUGCUUCUGAAUCAGACUCCGGUGAAGGUCCAAGAGAUGGGAAUAAGGCUCUUGAGUCCGGAAAAUGCACAACACAAAGCCCAUCUAAGACAGACAAACUGGUAAUAGUUGAAGCUUCACCUUCAAAUAGAAGAAAACAGGCACCUUGUCCAAAUAUUUUGACUUUGAAUCCCACCCAGCCAAAAAAAGCGACGCUGAAGUUGCGUUCCGAUCACGAUUUCGAUUCUGCAAGUGUCAGUGAGGAUAAGGAGAGUGCAUGCAGCGAGCAUUCAAGGCAAAAUGAGGUCAGUGCCAGGCAACUGCAGGAAGCCAAAUCUGAAGUGUCUGCCCGACGGAGGAGCACACGGAGUUGUACCAAAAAACUGGCAGUUGGGCAGCAAAAAGAACAAGUAUUCGAUUCUGAGUCUGGCAACACAUGCAAAGAUUUAAGUGACCAGUCUGUGACAAGCAGUAAUUUAGCAAAAAGUACAUCAAAGGGAGAGCAAAAGCAAGGUGACUCAGGUGGUGGGAGUUCGACUCCGGAAAAGCCACGCACUCCUUCCAGUGGUAAUGCGACUCGUGGAAAAGAGCUGUCCGGAACACAGGACAAUCUAAGUGAUGAUGGAAUCAACCGUUCAAGUCCUAUGUCACCCAUGGAAAAGCGAACGUCGUCUGUGACCAAGCGGAAAUCUGGAAUUGAGGCAGAAGCUACAAGCAGGAGCGGACAGCUGGUUUCUGGCAGCCUGCACAGAAGUUCACCAUCGCCAAUUCGAGGCAGGACUCCUGCGUAUGAGGUACAGCAAAGUGGGCAUGCCACACUUGGAGUCCUGACUCGGAGUGCACGCAGACAACUUUCCUAUGCCAAUGGUAAAACCUCACUGUCCCAAAAAAGAAUAACAAUGUCCACAGUGGGAGUGGGACCUGAUGUAAAGCCAAACGCUACGUCUAGUGACACAACAGCGAAAAGUGCGCUAGGUGAAGAUGUAGGACCAGCACCAUUGGAGGCAAAAAGAAGGAUCUUACAGUAUAGCAGAAGUGAUGGCCACUCUGUCAAGAGAAGUGAUGUUUCACGUACACAAGCAAAAGGUGACACCAUAUCUGAGAAAGAGUCUGAAAGUGGGGACAAUAGAGUAGGCAGUGCAUCUUCAAGGCAUAAUGCAUUAUUGCCAUCUCCAAGCCUGGCUAAACGGCCAAUAGUAAAACUAGAUCGUAUGCAGAAUAAUGAAAGAGAACUUGUAGCCACUGUUAGCGGUGAGAACUUGCACACAACGCGUUCAGUUUCAGCUUCACUGCAUGGCAAGGAGGUGGAUGCAUCCAACACCACAUUUGAUGGUCCAAGUGCCAGCAAGGAAAGGCAAGUAGAUUCUGACACGGGCGACACUGCAGGUUUGGCAAGGUCACCAUUAAGAACAGCUUCGAAACGCAGACGGGUCGUUGAUGCUUCCAUGAACGUGACACCUGCCCUGGACACCUUUGAAGAUGAUUCAUCACAGACAAGUGUCUAUCUUAGCGGGCUGACACAGGUGCCUUUGUCACGAAAUAUCCAUGCUUCAGACAACUCUUCGAGUUCCGAUCAAGAAGGGGGCGACAUUGUUCAUAGCGCACAGCAGCGAAGACUGUCAUUAAGAAGGCUGCCGUCGCGAAGGAUGUCUCAACGUAAUAAAAAAGAGGAUUUCAUAAUUGACGUUGAUGAGCAGGUCCGUUCCCUUUCGGACUCUGAUGAUAAUGACCCUCCCUACGAAGUUAAUGAAGUAAAUCUCGAUGCCAGCAUUGCUCGCUUAAGAAGACUCAAGGUGCCUCUUUAUACACCAGAAAAGGAAGCGCAGUCAAGAACGUCAAGUGCUGCUUCGAGCUACAAAGUUGCGAACAAUAGUGCAAGAAGGACUGGACGGCUCUCAUUGGCUGCAAUACGAGCUUCGCAAUCCGAGAGCAGCCCGAGCACCCAUUCCAGUCUGUCACCCCCUUUCAGAACCGCGUCCGAUGGUAUUCCAGAGGCACAGGGCCCAACAUCCAACCUCUGCUUGAGUCAGUCACCUUCCAGGCGUGCCAAGAGUUACAACAAUGAGCAGACCGGCGCAAUGCCGGGAAGGCGAGCAGAAAAAAAUGAACAGAGUUCACCUGAAAACAAGGAUGGUGUGUCGUCAAUGUUGGAAGACCCGCAAACUGUCAGCGCAAGGAACACACGAAAGUCUGGAAAAAAAAUGCCAGUUCUGAGGCGGUCCACACGUGUAAGUACAAAACAAAAUACGUCUGCAUGUCUUACCUGUUCAGACCACUUGAAGAGUGAAGACCUUGUGGCACCGUCGCACUCGAGUCACCUGAACAAGGACUUGGAGGUCGUCGUCCGACAGCAGACUGUGCGCACCGCCAAAAGGAACAAGAGCUUUAAACCGAGUCCUGCAUUGCCAGUGCAUGUGAAACAUCCUGAUGAAAGGUCGGGCACCACCGAAGAGGCAGCAGUGGCAGAUGAUGCACCAAGCUCUGUCUGCUCAACCUGCAAUCGCUGUGUUAAGGCUUCCAGUACACAGGACAGUGGGACCAUGACUGAUGACAGUUACCUUCACGAUGACGACGACGAUGCUUUUUCGGACUCACCAAGAUAUUCCAAGCGUAAGAAGGUUGGUGCGUCAGCAUCACAGUCAAAAGCCAGAGCCUCCAGGUCAUCUCGCCGGCACGGUGCGGCAACUCAAGAAGCCAGCGUUCCAGUGAGACGCAGUUCACGGACAACUGCAGGUGCAUCGCGUAGACUUAGUUAUGUUUGAAAUUAUGCUACGUGUGCUGAGAAAAAUCCUAAUGGACAACAUCUGUUGGCACUGUCAAUGUUAUUAGUGGAACCUUGUGGGUGGCAUUUAGAAAGCCGUGCUAUUGAACAUCAUUGUUGCAGCUUAUAUCACUAAAAUAUAUACAUUAUAUAUUAUGUUAAUCUUGUGUUAGUGAAUUUCAGAUAGUUUUUUUCUUAAUUUUUAUUUUUUUAGUUGAGUGUAGCAUCAAGUUCAUUCUUGAAGGCAUUAUCACUUAAUGUGCUGUUUCGCGAUAGUCAUGUUGUAUGCGAUGCAGUAGUGUACAGUCACAGGGCAGCUGUUCUGACAGUGUGGUCUUGGAUGAGCUGUGUACUGGUGUGGUUUACCAGGCUUGCUGUAGGUGUCAUGCACUCAAUAUUAUGCAGAAUAUUCACAUCAGCACAUUAAUAGAACUGUUGUAGGCAAAAGUAUUAAACAAACACUUCAUUAAUGAUCUUGUAGGAUUCGGCUUCCAUUGCAUUUAGUUAUUUCAUCACUUACCUUCUAGACUCAUGCAAUUGUUUAAAAGCAGUUAACAUUUUGAGCAUCAAAGUAUGUUGCAAAUGCAAGAUGCGAAAGAGAAGGUAGUCUUUUCGGGAAUGAGAAAAAUGUUAGGCAUUACUUAUCGGAUAUCAUUAUAUACCACCAUCUUUGUGUAAUUUAAACGAGAGCUGUCAAGGUGAUUAUCUUAGAUUCACAAAGAGAAAGAGCUAUCACUUUAUCUAAUUACUGCACAUGGUUAUUUUUAUUUGUCUUGGCAAAGUGUUGUCGGUGGGCAUAGUUAAGUGAACUGGCCACCAAAGAGCACAGCUUUACCUGUUGAGAACUGGUAAUUGUUCUACUGUCAGGGUGAUAGGGUGUUCUGCUGUCAGCCUAAAUGUGUGUUUGUGCGCUUUGCAAACUGAACGCAAGGCAGGAGGUUUUGGCUUACGCAUCACCUGCUAAAGAGGUUAUGUGUAAAAGCGAUUGGAUGUACAGUCGUAAUCAAUAUUAAAGGGAACACCUAAUUUUUUUCAAAUGCCCAUAGGGGCUAAACACGCAUGCCCUUCUUAAAGGUGUUCAAUUAUUCUAAACAUUCAUCUGGAAAACUUUUUAAGUAUCAAGUUUCUAUGUUUUAAUUAAUGCAUAACGAGUUAUCAUAGUUAAAAAAAUAUUCAAUUUUCCCUUUCAUAUUGAUGACAACUGUACAACUGAAAAGCGUAUUAAUUGUUCCACAUAUACAAGGUGUUCUACUGUUAGCCUAAACAUGCGAAGUUUCCGCUUAUACAGCGUGCUCUGCGAGCUGCACAUGGCUGUGCCUUGUCUGCUGCUUGCGCUUUACAAUUUGUGACAAAGGAAAUUUUGCUCAAUCCCAGCAUUGGCGUCUGAGAGUACUAAUUCCUGCUCAACAGUGGAUUUACGGUAAAUUCCCACGAGUUGGUAAGAUUAUCAGCUUCUGAAGUGAGCUAGCAGAUUUUUCUCCAGUUUGUGUCUUGAGGUGGGCCCACUCUGCGACAGAUGGCAGUUUUGUUGGUGGCACUAGCCCUGCUCACUGCCUCAUUGCAUUCACCGUGAUCAUUCCAGAUGCGCUCAUUUGAACUAUUUGAGCUACUUAUGAAGUGAAAAAUUGCAUUUACCAAACAACUUCUGAGGCUGUUCCUGUUCAGCUUCCAAUGUAUAGGCUCUAGGAAGUCUAUCCAUAAAACUUAGUGGGAUGGUUUUCGCCCAAACUUGUGCUUGUUAUAUAGACGCUUUUGUGGAAAUGGCUUUCUGCAACAUGUUACAGGGAAUGUGUGUGUCUUCCUUUGGUUUCUGCCAAUUUCUUGUCCUAGGCUCUUUUUGAGAUUUAUUGAUGCUUUGGUGUUUGUUAACAGUGUGGGAGUUUCUUUGAGUGUGUUGGUAAUAUUUGUGGCACUCCAAGUCGAACGUCAUGAAGGCACUUUAAUUUGUAUUCACUACAGCUAAAAGUUUGAAACUUUCAAUUUUUUUUUUUUACUUAGUUGUUCGGAUACCUUUGUUGAGAUGAUGGCAUAUACUACAUGUGUUAAAUGUUGUGUUGGCAGUGUGCCCAUUGUUUAUGCCACAUUUCACAUCCGACGAUUGGGUAGCGAUCUAAAGCUUUUUACUAUUGCAAGGACAGCUUUGAUGAGGUAGAUACUUAUAGCAGUGUGUUUUGUUAUGUACGUGUGCCGUAUGUAUGAAGCUUUCUAAACAAUCUGUUGCUGUGAUCAUGUGUUAACUAUUGAGGUGAAGGUUCAUUUCAGAAAGCCACAUAGGGAGUGUGCAUUUUUGGUGUGUCAUAUAGUUCAUCAUUCACUAUUGUUAUCCAUGCAUCAAGUUCUGCAUGAUGGUUUAUUCCCUUGAAGUAAAGGUUUAUGUGGCAAGUUUUGCAAAGCUCUUAAUAAAGCUCAACUACAUUGCACUUUCU